AUGCCGCCCCGAACCGAUAGGGGUAAGGGUCAGCAGCGCCCGAGGAUAAGGGUAUGUGAGGCUCCUCAGUCGGCCGUAUGUCCUCCCCCACAGAGUCAGGUAGAGCCCAUGUCUACGACCUCUCAACAUUUUAUGCCACUGCAGUCAUCUAUGGGGUAUCCUCCCCCACAGACUCAGGUAGAUCCCAUGACCAUGGGUUCACAGCCUUUUCUCUCGCUACUAUCAUCCCAUGGUUAUCCUAUGGCCCAACUUGGGAACCCAUCCUUUAUUAGCCCAUCUGGGAACCCAUCCUUUAUUAGCCCAUCUGGGAACCCAUCAUUUAUUAGCCCAUCUGGGAACCCAUCCUUUAUUAGCCCAUCUGGGACUUCAUCAUACCAUCAGACUGGGGGAUCUAGUUUUCCUCAUCCCUCACAGGUACCCCCACCCUUCAUGCAGUCUGGGAUCUUUCCAGAUCCCACACAGGUACCUCUGUCGUCCCAGCAUCCCACAAACACACCAUCAUCAUCCACGCAUCAUGGGGGAUCUCGCACCCCACACCCACCACGUGCCACAGAUAUACCCGUGCCUGAGGAGCAGGAGGAGCAGGAUGACCAGGAGCAGCAGGAUGACCAUGUUUUAGAGCAACCAACUGCAAAUCCCACAGAGUAUGAGAUGAUUGAUGGCAGAUAUUUUAUUGAGCCAUGUGGAAAAUCGUAA